AUGGCCGACUUCCCAUCUCUCGAGUCUUCAGCCGGCACAUCCAAGAACGCCGAGACCCACGAACCCAUCAGAGAAGAUGCCGCGACCCCACUCACCUCCGCAGAGAAACUCAUGCGCCAGCACCAUCAGCAUCUUUCCUACGAGGAAAUCCGCUCGGCGACCAGCAAUGGCGACUACGAUCACCAAGCGGGCCUUCCCAAUGGAAAUGGGAGUGGUAAUCCAGCCAACCAAGCUAACAAGAAGAAUCGUGAUAAGAAGCAGCAGCCUGAUCUAGAUUCAGAAACUGCCUUCCCGUCCCUCGGCACUUCCGCUGCCGCUCCCAAGACCGCUGGGGGCUGGGGCGCAGGCCCUGCCCUUAGCUCCAGACCACUUGCUGGAAGUUUCCAAAAGAUUGAUUUGUCCAAUACCAAUCAAUUUACCGAGACCUUGGUCUUGUUGCUAUCUAGCAUCCACAUUGGACCGGUACCCCCUCAAUAUAGAGAAAAAGGCCCUCGGGCGGCUGGUGAGAAACGUGAAGAAGAUCCCAAGACUUUGCCAGAUGUUCUUCGUGUAAUUCACAAGAGACAUCCAACCGUCAUCGUAGAAUCCUCUACGUCCAGGGACCGGGUCACCAUCAUCUUUCGAACACCGUUCGUCUUACCAACACCCACGUCGUCGACCCCUCCGCUGAUCAGAGCCGCAUCUUCGUUGGCCCCCGAAGAGCGGAUCAUCCGAGCUCGCCAAGAGUUGAUCACUCGCGUGACUCGAAAGAUCGAAAAAGUGCUCAAGAUCCCUGCCUCUGCUAAACCACUCGUGAUCGGACAGCGUGGCCGGGUCAUGAAAGAAAUUAUCGAGGUCACGGGUGCGAAUAUCAGCCUACCCCCCAAGGAUGAAAAUCGCCCGGUCAAUGUGGACCCGCCGUCUGAAGAAACCAAUAUCAAUGGUUCAGAUGAGGUCGAGAUGAUCACUAUCACGAUCAACGGCGAAGAAUCUUCCGUUCUGGAUGCAGAAGAUCGGAUAAUGAUGAUCGUUCGCGAACAUACGAACAAAGUCAACAUCAAAAUCACCUCGAUCCCAGUUGAAUCUUACCCCCUCUUGAACAGGAAAUCCAAAAUCUCCGAAGUCGUUCUUCGUGGUUUAACCAGCGAGCUUGGAAUCAGCGAAGACGAAAUAAACUGUCAACUUACUAUACCUUCGAUCGAUCAAAUUUUCAAAUCCUAUCCUUCUCAUCUCUGUUUAGCCGAUCCUGAGACAAAUAGCAGCUCUCACACGAUCAAGGCUUCAUCUGCCGGUAAAGAAUCACUGCCUAUCACUGUAUCUGGCGAUCGACAGCAAGUUGAAUAUGCCGUAAAAGUAUUGGAAUCAACAUUUCAAAACACGAUCAAGUCAAUCGCCAAAGUGGAGCUAGAGCUCCCUAAACGUCAGCAUAAGUUCUUGGACAAGCAAGCGAUCGAAGAAAUUCUUGAGUCGACGGGAUCGCUUGUCAUCGUACCUCCUGCGAGCGACUUGAGCGAGAAGGUUGUCAUCCGUGGAGAAAACAUGUCAAAUGUUCAAGCGCUUGGUCUAGUUGUGACGAAAGCAAAUGCUUUGACAGUCGAGAGCUUGGACCUGAAGAAAAUUCAUCCUACAUUGUCUGACCCCUCCGGCUAUUCUAACUCGGUGAUCGCACAUCUGUCGAUCAAAGCUCACCAGGCGAAAUUGAAACAGAUCCAAGAAGAAUGCGCUCCCAAGGAAGUGAAGAUCUAUCUGCCUCUCCAAGGUUCUUCCUUCUCGACGAUUGACAUCGCUGGUAAAGACGCAGAAUCGAUCAAGCACGCUAAAGGAUUGGUCGAAACGUAUAUCAGAAAUAACAUGAAACCGGAAUACUUCGUAAACGUUGAAGUUGACAGGUUGCUACAUCGUCAUAUCCUGAAAAAGAAAAAUCCCCGCUUGAAAGUCCUCUUGGAUCACAACGGGAUUGAGAUGAUCAUCCCUCACGAACAAGACCCAUCCUCGACGAUUCUGUUAGUUGCUACCAAGGCAAUCAUCGGCAAAGAAGUCAAAGCGAGCAACGACAGCGAGCUGACGUCAGCAUUGUCCAAAGCGAAGGAGGAGAUUUUGAAAUCGGUGAAAGAGUUAGCAGAGAUGAAAAAGGUAGAAUUGGAAGUACCCCAAAAACUGCACAGUCACAUCGUCGGUCAUAACCAGACUACACUGAACGUCAUCAUCGGAGAAGAUAAAUUGGUCUCUGUCCAAGUCGGCAAUCCCUCAUCACCUGAUCUCAUCACGAUUCGUGGCUCGAAAGAUGAAGUGGACAGGGUUGAAAAGGAGAUUAGACGGAUGGCUGAAGAAGCCAAAGUGACUGAAGCGACUAACUCCUACUCGGCUGAGUUCGAAAUAGAUUCCAAAUUGGUCAGUCACCUCGUAGGCAAAGGUGGAGCCACGAUCUCGAAGUUAGGAGAAGAAUUAGGAGUCCGAGUUGUGUUUGCAGACCAAGUCAGCAAUGGACCGUCUCACGAGACCGAAAGCUCCACUCAUCACAAAAAGCGCAAGAAUCAUCACUCGAAGGUUUUGGUCACCGUGUCUGGUAGGAUGGAAAAUGUUGAGGAGGCUAAGAAGCGCAUCUUGAACCAAGCUGAACGAAUUGCCGAUGAAGUUACAGUAACCUUGCCAAUAGCAGCUGGAUUAGACAGAGGGGCAUUGAUCGGCAAAGGCGGCAUAUAUCUUUCACGCCUUCAGGAUACGCACAUGGUUCACAUCAACAUGCCUCGAAGUCGGAAAGAGGAAAAUUCUGCAAAUGGGACUGACUCGGACAUCACGAUUCGAGGGCCUAAGAAGGGUGUAGAGGCAGUGAAACGUGAAUUGAUCGAGCUAAUGGAAUACGAGCGUGAGCAAGGGAAUGUCGCAUCCAUCGAAAUUUCCACCAAAUCCGUUUCCCGAAUCGUCGGCAAAGGAGGCGCUCAGGCUGACAAGAUCAAAGAGGACAGCGGACUUCAAUCAUUGGACAUUGAUAGACUCGAUAACGCGGAGGGAAUCAGUCGUGUCACCUUGAAGGGCUCCAAGGCUGCUAUCUCGGCCGCCAAGAAACUCAUCAACGGUAUUGUUCAAACUGUCGACGAUGAAUGCUUUGCUGAAGUCAAGAUCCCCCGAUCUUUUCAUCAAAGCUUGAUUGGUCGAGGAGGAGCACGACUGCGUGAACUCGUCAAGAGAGCGGGGUUGGAUGAAUCGGCAUCCAAAUUGGUACAUUUUCCAAGAAUCACUUCGGAAGGCGACGCCGCCGACAUCGUUCAGAUUAAAGGAGACAAGAAUGACGUCCCGAAAAUCAAGCGUGAAUUGGAGCUUGAAGCUGAGCGUCUGAUCAAUCAAGUCACCUAUGGAGCUUUUAUCCCGAAGAACAGUCAACCAGGUAUCAUCGGAAGAGGGGCAACUGGGCUCAAAGCUCUGCAAGACAAGCAUAAUGUUACGAUCAUCGCACCAGGUUGGUCACAAUGGGCUACGUCUGAUCAACCUACAAACCAAGCCGAUUUGAAGGAGGUCGAUCCGGAUGAGAUCUUUAAAGUUAUUGGAACCAAGGAAUCGUGCUUGUCUGCGAUAGAAGAUAUGAAGAGCAAAAUCGUGGUCAAGGAUCGACCCGAGCGAGCAUCGGCAUCCAAAAAGACGAUGAUGAUCCCGGCUCAAUUCCACCAUUUACUUAUCCAAAACGGCAGAUUUAUUCGAGGACUUCCAAGAGGAGUGCGAAUCGAUCACGGCAAUAUUUCAAUUCCCUCCCUCGAGCAGAUCGGCAAAUCUUCGACCGAUAUUCCUGUAGUGCCCACGUCUAGAAUAGACGUUGACGAUAGUGACUCACAAAAUCAACUUGUGAUAUUGAGUUGGGAUGCUGGAGAAGUUAAGCUGAAUGGAAUGUCAGAAGUGCCUUGGAAUAUGUCGGGCCCAGCGGCGGAACUGGAGAAUGUCGAGAAGACGUUGAAGACCCAAAUAGAUUUCUGGAAGAGCAAGAUGGAUGUCGAGGGCGGUAAGAUCUAUGCGGCGACGGUCAAAGUUCCUGGGCAUGCUAUGCCAAUGAUCAUUGGGAGAGGCGGGACCGGACUGCGCGAGUUGACGGCUAAGAGCGACGGUGCAUUCGUCGAAGUCCUCGGCAAAUCGGGCUCCGAUACCCUCAAGAUCAUGGGCACCUCUAAGCAAUUAGACUCCGUUAAGGCCUUGUUGAAUCAGAUGAAACGAAGAGCUUAG